CGCUCCUCCCGCGUCGGGCUCCGCAGGCGCGGCGAAUCGAGCGUCGAGCAGGCGGUGCGUGGGAGGUGCGGCGUGCCGAGCAGCCUCGCCCCUCGGCGCGCGGCGAGAAUCCCCACCGGUCGGCCCCUACCCGACGGCGGAGCCGAGGCGGGGCCGGAUGCGGGAGGGGCUCUGCGGGAACUCGACGAAACGCGAGGCGUUCUCCAGGAACUGCUUUUGCUUUUCUACAAGAUGUUGGGAUUUUUGAAGCACCCCGUCGUGGUGACGGCUAACAUCAACUUGAACGUUGUGGCUCUGACUGCGGUGGGGUUACUGAGCCGUCUGUGGCAGCUCUCCUAUCCAGGCGCUGUGGUUUUUGACGAAGUGUAUUAUGGGCAGUACAUCUCUUUCUACAUGAAGCGGAUCUUCUUUCUGGAUGGCAGCGGCCCACCCUUUGGCCACAUGCUGCUGGCGCUGGGAGGUUACCUAGGAGGAUUCGAUGGCAAUUUCCUGUGGAACAGAAUCGGAGCAGAAUACAGCAGCAACGUGCCCGUGCGGUCCCUGCGCCUGCUGCCGGCCGCCGCGGGGGCCCUGUCGGUGCCCAUGGCCUACCAGAUCCUGCUGGAGCUCGGCUCUUCUCACUGUGCCGCCAUGGGGGCCGCUCUGCUGAUGCUGAUCGAGAAUGCUCUCAUCACGCAGUCACGGCUGAUGCUUCUGGAGUCCGUGUUGAUCUUCUUUAACCUGUUGGCUGUGCUGUCCUACCUGAAGUUCUCCAACUCCCAGAAGCAGAGGCCCUUCUCUCCGAGCUGGUGGUUCUGGCUGAUGCUGACAGGAGUGGCCUGCUCCUGCGCCGUGGGCGUCAAAUACGUGGGUGUCUUCACGUACCUGCUUGUGCUCGCAGUCGCCGGCGUCCACGCGUGGCACCUGAUAGGAGACCGGACUCUGUCGAACGUCUGCGUGCUCGGUCACCUGCUUGCCCGCGCGGCAGCUCUGCUGGUCACCCCGGCCGCCACGUACGUGCUGUUCUUCUACGUCCACCUGAGUCUGGCCUACCGCUCGGGGCCACACGAUCAGAUCAUGUCCAGUGCCUUCCAGGCCAGCUUGGAGGGAGGGCUGGCUCGGAUCACGCAAGGCCAGCCCCUGGAGGUGGCCUACGGUUCCCAGGUCACUCUGAAGAACGUCUUUGGCAAACCGGUGCCCUGCUGGCUUCACUCCCACCAGAGCACCUACCCCGUGGUAUACGAGAGCGGCCGAGGCAGCUCGCACCAGCAGCAGGUGACCUGCUACCCCUUCAAGGACGUCAACAACUGGUGGAUCGUGAAGGACCCCGGGAGGCAUCAGCUGGUGGUGAAUAACCCUCCGAAGCCCGUGCGGCAUGGGGACGUGGUGCAGCUGGUGCACGGCAUGACCACGCGCUUCCUCAACACGCACGACGUCGCGGCGCCGCUGAGCCCCCACUCGCAGGAGGUGUCCUGCUACGUGGACUACAACAUCUCCAUGCCGGCCCAGAACCUCUGGAGACUGGAGAUCGUGAACAGAGACUCCGACACCGAGGUUUGGAAGACCAUCUUGUCUGAGGUCCGCCUGGUGCACGUGAACACCUCCACCGUCCUCAAGCUGAGCGGGGCGCACCUCCCGGACUGGGGGUUCCGGCAGCUGGAGGUCGUCGGGGAGAAGAUGGCCCGGGCCUACCACGAGAGCACCGUGUGGAACGUGGAGGAGCACCGCUACGGCAAAAGCCAGGAGCAGAAGGAGAGAGAGGUGGAGCUGCACUCGCCCGCGCAGAUGGAUGUCAGCAGGAACCUGAGCUUCGUGGCCAGGUUCCUGGAGCUGCAGUGGAGGAUGCUGACGGCCAAGAGCGACGGCUCGGAGCACAAGUACAGCUCGUCGCCGCUGGACUGGGUCACGCUGGACACCAGCAUCGCUUACUGGCUGCACCCCAGGACCAGCGCUCAGAUCCACCUGCUUGGAAACGUCGUGAUCUGGGCUUCGGCCGGCCUCGCCACCGUGCUCUACGUCCUGCUCUUCGUCUGGUACCUGCUGAGACGCCGGAGGAAGAUCUGUGACCUCCCCGAGGAUUCCUGGCUGCGCUGGGUGCUGGCGGGGGCUCUGUGCGCCGGCGGCUGGGCCGUGAACUACCUGCCCUUCUUCCUGAUGGAGAAGACGCUCUUUCUUUACCACUACCUGCCGGCGCUCGCCUUCCAGAUCCUUCUGCUCCCUGUGGUCUUGGAGCACAUCAGUGACCACCUGUGCAGGACCCAGCUCCUGCGGAGCCUCUUCAGCGCCCUGCUUGUGGCCUGGUACUCCUGUGCCUGUCACGUGUUCAACGCGCUGCGGCCGCUGACUUAUGGGGACAGGUCCCUCUCCCCCAGUGAACUGAAGGCCCUUCGCUGGAAAGACAGCUGGGACAUCCUGAUCCGAAAACAGUAGCUGGACGCGAAGCCAGUGAACGUGUGGACCGUGUCCGGGGCUGGGUAGACAUUCCCCUGGGACGGGCCAGCCCUGAGCCUGGGGGUCUGGCCAGGCUACCGUGCUGUGCUUUCAUCCCUCACACAGUCAUCUGGGAAGCACAGUGUGCUUCGAGCAAUAGGUUUCUUUUUCCAGGCGUUCCAGAACGUGCCCUCUGGGUCCACUAAUGCCUGAGGCCCCCCUGAGCCCGGCUAGUGUAGGCCCUGUGGGGGAGGAGAACCCGGAAGGGAGCGGGGUGCGAGGAGGGAGGGGGGUCGUGCCCGCUGGGCUUGCUGGGCUAUGGCUGGCUCAGCCCCGGGGAGGUCGUGAGGAAGCGCUCUGACCCCUGUGGGGCCGAACAAGCUACCGAGUGACAAGCCUUUGAUGAAGCAGAGGUGGGAUUCUGGUGGCUGCACUGAGGACCCUGUGACUGCUCAGCCCCCACCCCUGCGGGAUUCGGCUGAGGUGCAGGGGUGGGCGAGCCGCCCCUUCCAAGGCUCAGGCUUAUCCUGUCCAUGCGGACCCUUGUCCUGAAUCUGCCUUCUGUGUGUAAUUAAAAAACGGACAGAUGAGUAUGA